UCAGUCACCAUGGUGGCAUACAGCAAAAAGCUGUGGCGGCGGACCCAUCGUCACUUUUAAACCCAUCAUAAUGAUUUUUUAAAGGUUGCCUUUGUACAUGUAGCCUAUACAUUUAUUAUUUUAAAAAAUGGACAACCGGUUAUUGUCAGGAUAGAUUAGUAGAUUGCUAUUUUAUUUGAAGGCGGAUACAUUGAAUUGUGGCAAAAUCAAGAAUGCUGAAGAUACAUAUAUUUGCUUUUAGCGUCGGCUUAGAUAAAGGAACAGUUCUUCCAUAAUACAACUGUAUAGCGACACGUCUACUGGGACUUGGAUUCAGGAUUCUUCGAGCCGCACCUUAAUAGCAAGUUUUUUUGGGGGGGGAUCGGUGGCAGCCUUUUGAUAUCGGUUUGGGGACAGAAGAAACCCCUAGGCUCACAUUGUGGCCUGGCCAUUGUGGCCUGGGACUGAUACAUUUCCGAUCUUUCGACCACUGGAGUUCUCUUAUUAGUGGAUAACAGACUGACUGUGGCUUGGUCUGUGAAUAUCCAGUCCGCGAAAAUUUGCACAUUGUCAACAUUCUAAACAAUUUAAUUAUUUGAAAUUCGGGUCUUCAAAACAAUGGCGUCUUAUGUCGAUAACAGCUUUCGUCAAGCUGUGAUGAUGAAUCCGGCAGAAAGAACGCAACAGGACCUGGAGAUAGUCUACUCCUAUCUUCACGGGAUGGAGGCCCUUUCUAACCUCCGAGAACACCAGCUGAGGAUAAUAUGUGAGACAGUGCGCUAUGAAAGACACGAAGCCAAUGAAGUGCUCUACUACCCGGAUGACGUUGGAAGCUGCUGGUUUAUUCUACUGUCCGGGUCCGUCUUCAUCAAGGAGUCCAUGUUCCUGCCAAGAAGCAGUUUUGGAAAGCGUUCUGCAGGGAGCCUGAGACGCGGAUGCGAGUGCAUCGUUCUGGAACCUUCCGAGAUGAUUGUGGUGGACUAUAUGGACCAAAAUGAGGAGUACUUCCAGCGGCAAGCAUCGCACCGACAGUCCCGCCGGAGGUUCCGCAAGAUCAACCAGAAGGGUGAGCGGCAGACCAUCAUCGACACGGUGGACCCGUACCCCACCGGCAAGCCGCCCAUAGCCAGGGGAUACCACACGGAAUGCAUUAAAGCUCAGCUCCCCGCGGACUUCAGUCGACUCCACCUGGCCGACGGCUUGCACCCACAGGUGACCCACGUUUCUUCCAGCCACUCAGGAUGUAGUAUCACCAGCGACUCUGGAAGCAGCAGCCUGUCAGACAUAUACCAGGCCACGGAGAACGAGCCGGGCGACAUGGACCUCAGCGGCCUGCCCGAGACCGCCGUCGACUCAGAGGAGGACGACGACGAGGAGGACAUGGAGCGAGCGUCGGACCCCCUCAUGAGCCGCGACGUUGUGCGGGACUGCCUCGAGAAGGACCCCAUGGACCGCACCGAUGACGACAUAGAGCAAUUGCUGGAGUUCAUGCAUCAGCUGCCAGCGUUUGCCAACAUGACCAUGUCGGUGAGGAGGGAGCUGUGUGCCGUCAUGGUCUUUGCCGUGGUCGAGCGGGCCGGCACCAUCGUCCUCAACGACGGGGAAGAGCUGGACUCGUGGUCAGUGAUCCUGAAUGGCUCGGUGGAGGUGACGUACCCUGAGGGCAGGCCUGAGAUCCUGUGUAUGGGGAACAGCUUUGGGGUCUCCCCCACCAUGGAGAAGGAAUACAUGAAGGGAGUAAUGAAGACCAAGGUGGACGACUGUCAGUUUGUGUGCAUAGCGCAGCAGGACUACUGCUGCAUCCUCAACCAGGUGGAGAAGAACAUGCAGAAGGUGGAGGAGGAGGGCGAGAUCGUCAUGGUCAAGGAGCACCGUGAGCUGGACCGCACCGGCACCAGGAAGGGACACAUCGUCAUCAAGGGUACGACGGAGCGUCUGACCAUGCACUUGGUAGAGGAGCACUCAGUGGUGGACCCCACCUACAUCGAGGACUUCCUGCUGACCUACAGAACCUUCCUCUCCAGCCCCAUGGUCGUGGGCAAGAAGCUCCUCGAGUGGUUCCAUGACCCAAGCCUCAGGGACAAGGUUACACGGGUAGUCUUGCUAUGGGUGAACAAUCACUUCAAUGACUUUGAAGGCGACCCCGCAAUGACUCACUUUCUUGAAGAGUUCGAAAGCAAUCUGGAGAGAGAGGUCCGUGUCUCAAAAAUGUGCGGCCAUCUUAGACUGUUAAACAUUGCCUGUGCUGCUAAAGCCAAACUGCGUCUCGUGACACUGACCAAGCCGUCGAGGGAGGCCCCGCUAGCCUUCACCCUGUUGGGGGGCUCUGAGAAGGGCUUCCGCAUCUUCAUCGACAGCGUGGAGCCCGGGAGCAAGGCCUCAGAGGCCGGCCUCAAACGAGGAGACCAGAUUCUGGAGGUGAAUGGGCAGAACUUUGAAAAUGUCCAGCUCACCAAAGCCAAUGAGAUCCUGAGGAACAACACCCACUUGUCCAUUUCUGUGAAAACCAAUCUUUUAGUGUUCAAGGAGCUACUAGCCCGGCCGGAGCACGACCACGAGGCAGAGGGUGAGGAUCCGCCAGAGGUGGACCGCAAGAAUGGAGCCCCGGCACACCUACCCAAGAUUGGGGACAUCAAGAAGGGCUCGCGCUACUCCAUCCCUGACCUGGCGGUGGACGUUGAGCAGGUGAUGGGCCUGGAGAAGGCCAGUAAGAAGGCCAAAGCCAACACGGUGGGAGGAAGGAACAAGCUCAAGAAGAUCUUCGACAAGACGCUCACCAGCAUUCUGCCCCCAAAACCAUACAACGAUGUGGGCGUGGGCCAGUCGCAGGACGACAGCAUCGUGGGCCUGAAGCAGUCCAAGCAGAUUCCGGCCUCGCUGCCUGUCAGCAGCAACCUAUCGUCCAGCAACCCUGACCUGCUGCAGUCCCACCACCGCAUCCUGGACUUCAACAACCAACCGGACAUGUCCGACCAGGUGCUGCGAGUGUUCAAGGCAGACCAACAGAGUCGAUACAUCAUGAUUGGUAAGGACACCACGGCCAAGGAGGUGGUGGCCCAGGCCAUCCGGGAGUUCGCCCUGACCGCGGUGCCCGAAGCCUAUUCGCUGUGCGAGGUGUCCGUCACGCCGGAGGGUGUCAUCAAGCAACGACGGCUACCAGAGCAGCUGUCCAAGCUGGCUGAUAGGAUACAGCUCAGUGGCAGAUACUACCUGAAGAGCAACAUGGAGACAGAGACACUCUGUUCAGACGAGGAUGCCCAGGACCUUCUUCGUGAAGGCCAGAUCUCCCUCCUCCAGCUCUCCACUGUGGAAGUAGCCACGCAGCUCUCCAUGCGUGCCUUCGAACUCUUCUGCGCCAUCGAGCCCACCGAGUACAUCGAUGACCUGUUCAAGCUCAAGUCCAAGACGGGCUCGUUUUGCCUCAAGCGCUUCGAGGAGGUCAUCAACCAGGAGACAUUCUGGGUGGCGUCGGAGGUGAUCAGGGAGCCCAACCAGCUUAAGCGCAUGAAGAUUGUCAAGCACUUCAUCAAGAUUGCUCUCCAUUGUAGAGAGUGCAAGAACUUCAACUCCAUGUUCGCUAUCAUCAGUGGUCUGAACCUGGCCCCGGUAUCUAGACUCCGGGGCACGUGGGAAAAGCUCCCCAGUAAGUACGAGAAGCUGUUUGGGGACCUGCAGGAUCUGUUUGACCCGUCCAGAAACAUGGCCAAGUACCGCAACGUGCUCAACAACCAGAACCUCCAGCCACCCAUCAUCCCCCUGUUUCCCGUCAUCAAGAAGGACCUCACCUUCCUGCAUGAAGGGAACGACUCCAAAGUGGACGGCCUGGUGAACUUUGAGAAGCUGCGGAUGAUCGCCAAGGAGAUCCGCCACGUGGGUCGCAUGGCCUCCGUCAACAUGGACCCUGCGCUCAUGUUCAGAACCAGGAAGAAGAAAUGGAGGAGUUUAGGGUCUCUUAGCCAGGGCAGUGCCAACGCGGCGGUGCUAGACGUCACCCAGACGGGCGGGCACAAGAAGCGGGUGAGGCGCAGCUCCUUCCUGAAUGCCAAGAAGCUGUACGAGGAUGCCCAGAUGGCCCGCAAGGUCAAGCAGUACCUGUCCAACCUCAGCCUGGAGACCAACGAGGAGGCGCUGCAGACCCUCUCGCUGCAGUGUGAGCCCUCCAUCAACACACUGCCCAAGAACGCUGGUGGCGGUAAGAGGCCAGACACGUCUCCGGUGGUGUCCAGGGCUGCCAGCCAGCAGAGGGGCCAGCUGCAGAAGGGCAACCAGGCACUUCAGGUGCCCGCUGUGGCCCUCUACCCCUCCCGCAAGAAAGUGCCAGUCAAGGACCUGCCACCAUUCGGCACGAGUUCCCCUCAGUCGCUGAAGAAGAUCCUAUCGCUGUCGGAGGAGGCCAGCGAGCGUCACAAGCGUCAGACGGAGGACACGGUGUCUAAUGCCUCCUCGCAGCUCUCCUCCCCUCCCACCUCCCCCCAGAGCUCGCCCAGGAAGGGGCUCGGGACACUGAAGGGCCAAAGUGUCCGGAAGGUUACCUUUACCAGUAAACAGACAGGCUACCCAAGAACGGGAGACACCUACUCGGACUCGGGUCACAGCGAGAUUUCGUCGCGCUCCAGCCUGGUCAGCAACUCCUCCUUCGACAUGGCCCAGGAGGAGAGGAGGGGGCUCAGGCACUCAGGAGGGGUGGGAGACCCCCACGCUGGAGGGGUGCGUCUGGAGAGGAGGGCUACGACCGACCCUGAUCAGUACAGCCUCGGUUCCUACUCGUCCAUGCAGGACUGCCGGGGCCUGUAUGCCUGCGCCAUGGUGCUCUCCUCCCCCAGCUCAGAGGAGUUGACCCAGGACCAAGGGGACCGUGUCUCCCUGGACGCCGCCGAUAGCGGCCGCGGCUCCUGGACCUCUUGCUCCUCGGGCUCCCAUGACAACAUCCAGACCAUGCAGCAGGGACGUAGCUGGGAGACCCUGGCCUUUGGACCGGGGGGUGUCAUCGGCGGGAGCAUUGGUGUCCACCCACCCGGGGGGCCUGAAGCAUUACUAGGGGGCACCGCUGGACUGUGGGCGUCCCAGGCUAGAGGUAGCUGGGCAUCGGCCUCUUCAUCUUCCUCUGCGGCGUACUGGGGCGAGGACUCCGAGGGCGACACGGGCACGAUUAAACGGCGAGGCGGGAAGGACGUGAACACCGACCCGGAGACGAGUAGUAUCACAUCGAUGGGGUCCGACGAGGCCAAGCAGCACGGAAGGCCUUCGCCAUCACCCAUCACUGCCGGAAACAAGGGCCUUAUCACGCGAAAGGAGAGCCGGUACCGCGAGCCCCCUCCAACCCCGCCGGGCUACACUGCCCUGACAAUCUCUGACUUCAGCGAAGGGCAGACGCAGUCGCCGCCCACAGCCCCGGCCCACUCCGGCCGCCGCCCGCCCGAUUACACCACGGCCCUGCAGCGCUCGCGCAUGGUCACCCAGUCGCCUGACUCCCAUCACCACCACCAGGCCCAACAACAUGCCAAGCGCCAAGGGCUCCACCGCACCCGCUCGCCAGGCGAGGAGGAAGAGCCUGAGGAGGAAGAGGAGGGUGAGUCCUUGUCUCCCAAACUAGUCGCUCUGAGGAAGACAGUGGCACACACAACACCAGAGACAACCAGGCCAUGAGAUGAGUGUACGGGUUACAGGGCAGGUCCCCCUCAGGCUGAGAGGAUGAGCAGGUAUCAGCAGUCUGAGAACGGUCUUCUGCUGGAUGUCCUUUGCAGUGACUUGAAGUCCCUUCCAUGGGGGCGGAACAAGAGAGACUGACUUGAUUGAUUGAUGGACAGACCAAUCCAGUACGUACGUGCCUGCCUCCUCUUCCGGACUCUCCGUCAUUGGUGGACUCCUCUGCUCGUAUUUCCCCCCCCCCCUCGCCUUAAAGCAUCAUGGGGGGUUGAAUGACCCUGCAUGCAACAAAAAAAAUACUGUGAAGAAGAAGAUGGAGAGAUGGAAAAAGAAAGACACAAAAUGCCUGGCACUUUGGGGGAAUAAAGAACGGUUUUGCUGAAGAAAAAAAAACGGCUACGUGCGGCAACCACGUACACACACACACACACACACAGCUGUCAUGGAACAGCUUUCCAAGACUAACCCCCUAUCCCAACCCCACCUCGCUUUACACACACAGUAUCAUGACGUGUUGAGCUUUGUCUGCACUUUUUAAUUUUCUACUUUAUAAAACGAGAACAAAAUGGACAAUGACGAUGGAGGGAAAAAAAAAACAUUUGAUCAAUUUUUGAACUUUCUUCUAGGUUUUAGAGGUCUUCUUUCCAGAACUAUUGCACUCGGGGGGAGGGGGGCUAAAAGUGGCUAUACCCAAGUCUCAUAUCCCUGUGUGGACUCUGAAAAACAGAUCUGUCAAUCUUAAGAGUUUUAUUCCACAAUGACAGUAUUAUCUUGUCCAUUCACAUAUCCUAAUGGUGGCUCAACCCCCACUGCUAACUGGACAGUCACAGUGAGAGAAAUAAGUUGGGGUGACCAAUAUGUCAUUUGGGGGGACCCACAUGCACGUUCAUAAUCUAAUGUUCUGACACACACUGGGCAAGUCUGGCUUCAGCACUUCUCAGUACAACUUUAGGUUUUAGUGCAACCCUCCAUUCCUAACCCUGACCUGGAUAUCUUGUCUAUUUCCGAUAUGGCCAGCCACAUCUUCAGUUCUAGAUCAUAUACGAUAUGUGGCAGGUUGUGUGGAUCAUAGCAGUGACCCAACUAGGGAGUCAGUCUGGCUAUUUGAUAUCCAUGUUUUAACCUAGGUCAUCUGGUGACUUAUAUUAAUUCUGUAUUUAGACAACAUUUUAAAGGACAACUACAGGAGAUUUUUCUUGGCUUAGUCUUGUCCCUAAUGGGUGAUGUUGUGAUGUUAAAAGAUAAGCACAAAGGGUAUUUAUACCCGAUUGGCAAAUCAACCACCUCUGGGAACGUGUUUUUAGUUAUGCAUCCCAAAGGCAUGUCGAGGCUUAAAUACUAUACAGGUGAAUGGAGUCUCAUGCCUUUCAGCGGUGCUGCAUAACCAAACGCUUUCCCUGGGUUCUGUCAACCAUUUAAAGUAACUGUCCAGUGGAAAUCUAACUUUAAAUACUUCCUAUUCUGUUAACUCAUGCCCAAAUAAUGUUGACUCAUCCUAUCCUCGUAUUUGUCGCCAAACAUUAAUUGGAGAAACACUUUUUUUUGUUUUAAACAUAUCAAACAGACCAUUUAAAAAAAUGCUUGCUAUUUCAUCAUAGAGAAUGAUGUGCUGGCCAAUCAGCGGUCUACUUGCAUGAAUAUGUUUUAUGACAGGUAUACGCCCACACCAUUGGGGUACGCCCACACCAUUCCAACAACAACAAGCUGCUUUUCUUUUUUUGUUGUGGAAAGGAAAACGAUUUCACUCAGUGUAAUUAUUAUAGGUCAUAUUUCAUAGAAAUCUGGAAACGAAACACUGGACAGUUAAUUUUUUAGACGGAACUAGAAUACACCUCUCCUACCUUGCCAUCGGCAACAUCCUCCUCUUCAUCGAAAAGUCCUCCCCUGUUACAGGCAUCAAGAUCAAUGGAUUUGUAUAUUACCAGGCAAUGCUAAGCAUAGAGCAACCUGUUUUCCACCAUUUCUUAACACCAUCGCAAUUGACUGAAGAAAAUGAUUGAAUAUGUUUGUUUUGACUCCGGUGGGGAAGUUACCUAGAUGAAAGAAUUCACUUUGAAGGCUGCCAAUCAGAAUUAGUGUCACUUUUUUGUUUUUCUUUUCACUGAGUUGUGCUGAUCACAUUGAUCAGUAGUUAGAAACAAUAGACUGAGAAGGAGAAGGGAAAAAAAACAAGUGCUGUGUUUUUCACUGUGGGCUGUUACUACACUAUUUCUGUCCAUUUUUAAUAUUUUCAUGGCCGCCGAUAGAUUGUCAAUCAUGGGUUUUAAUACAGUGGUGACACGCAUCAUCAUUCACUCUUUCAGCUCUGAAGAUCAUGUGGAUAUUAGCAGGCCAAGGCCUAUUUGGAAAAACAAAGACGUUGCACAACAUUGUACAAGCAUAAAGAUAAUUGUAGUAGGUAGAACUGCUACUCCGUUUUGAUGUGUGAUGUCAAGUGAGAAGUGUACAUUUAGCUGGUGAUUUUUCUCAUACUUUCUUCUACUACUUUGACCUGUAUGUCUUUUAAAAAGACAAUCGGUGGAGUAUGUUUCGGUUGUUUUUUUUUUUUUUUGUAUUUUUAAUACAAUAAUUGUAAAUAUUGGUUAUAUUUUUGUUGAAAUGUACUAUGUUUAUGCCUCAACAUCCAGUUUGUAUGAAGCUGGGAAAUCAAUAAAUACUACAAAAGUUAUCAAA